AUGAAGCUAUUAUACUUUGGUUUACUUCCAAUCUCAAUAUAUGUAAUACUAAAUUACUUAUUCACAACAUGGUUACCAACUAAUUAUAAAUUUGAUAAAGAGGUUUUACAGAGUUUAGUUCAAGAAACAUUAAAAGAAUUUCCAAAUGGUAAUGCAACUGAAAUAAUGAUUGAAUUAACACCAAAAUUACAAGCUGAAUACCCAGGUUUGAUUAACAACUUAACAUUUACCGAGUGGUUUUAUAAUAAUGCAGGUGGAGCAAUGGGGCAAAUGACAAUUUUACAUGCAUCAAUAUCUGAAUAUUUAAUAUUUUUUGGAACUUCAGUAGGAACUGAAGGUCAUACUGGAGUACAUUUUGCUGAUGAUUACUUUACGAUAUUGACAGGCGAACAAAGAGCUGCAUAUCCAGGUAUAUUAGAACCUGAAAUUUAUAAACCAGGUGACCAACAUCAUUUAAAAAAAGGUCAUGUUAAACAAUAUGCUAUGCCUGGAGGAGCUUUUGCUUUAGAAUUAGCUCAGGGAUGGAUUCCUGCAAUGUUACCGUUUGGAUUUUUAGACACUUUAAGUUCCACGUUAGACUUUCAUACAUUUUAUUUAACAAGUUACUAUACUGCUAGAGAUAUGAUAAAAAAUCUUUUAAAUGGUAAGUUUUAG